CUCCCCUCCUCCCCAGUCUUCCGCCCAACACCGGAGGCCGCCUCGGGUUUCCGGAGGGGCCGAAGGGCGGGCGGGGGCGUCACGUGCGCGGGGCCCCGGGGCCGGUUGGUCCACGGACCGGGGAGGGAUCGCGCUGCGGGCCAGACUGGGGUCGGCGGCCACGGAGAGCCCCGGGUGACGACCCCGAUAGACGUGCGCGCACGGGAAGCGCCGGAGGCGGGCGGGCGGCGCUGCCGGCCCUACAGCGAGGUGGCCUGGGGUGCGGUGCUCGGGAUGAGCUCUCCGCCGCCCGCCCGCAAGGGCUUUUACCGCCAGGAGGUGACCAAAACGGCCUGGGAAGUGCGCGCCGUGUACCAGGACCUGCAGCCCGUGGGCUCCGGCGCAUACGGUGCCGUGUGCUCUGCGGUGGACAGCCGCACUGGCAACAAGGUGGCUAUUAAGAAGCUGUACCGGCCCUUCCAGUCUGAGCUGUACGCCAAGCGCGCCUACCGAGAGCUGCGCCUCCUCAAACACAUGCGCCACGAGAACGUGAUUGGGCUGUUGGAUGUGUUCACUCCUGAUGAAACUCUGGAUGACUUCACAGACUUCUACCUGGUGAUGCCGUUCAUGGGCACUGACCUGGGCAAGCUUAUGAAGCAUGAGACUCUGAGUGAGGACAGAAUCCAGUUUCUUGUUUAUCAGAUGCUGAAGGGGCUGAAGUAUAUCCAUGCUGCUGGUAUCAUCCACAGAGACCUGAAGCCUGGCAACCUGGCUGUGAACGAGGACUGUGAGCUGAAGAUCCUAGACUUCGGCCUGGCCAGGCAGGCAGACAGCGAGAUGACGGGGUAUGUGGUGACCCGGUGGUACCGGGCACCUGAGGUCAUUUUGAAUUGGAUGCAUUACACACAGACAGUGGAUAUCUGGUCCGUGGGCUGCAUCAUGGCAGAGAUGAUUACAGGAAAGAUACUGUUCAAAGGCAAUGACCACCUGGACCAGCUGAAGGAGAUCAUGAAGGUGACAGGGACACCGCCUCCUGAGUUUGUGCAGAAGCUGCAGAGUGAUGAGGCCAAGAACUACAUGAAAGGCCUUCCGGAACUGGAGAAGAAGGAUUUUGCCUCUGUCUUGACCAACGCAAGCUCUCUGGCUGUGAACCUCCUGGAAAAGAUGCUUGUGCUGGAUGCAGAACAGCGGGUGACAGCAGCUGAGGCAUUGGCCCAUCCAUACUUUGAGUCCCUGCAGGACACUGAGGAUGAGCCCAAGGCUCAGAAAUAUGAUGACUCCUUUGAUGAUGUGGACCGCACUCUUGAUGAGUGGAAGCGUGUCAGUUACAAAGAAGUGCUCAGUUUCAAGCCUCCCAGGCAGCUGGGGGCCAGGGUCCCAAAGGAGACGGCUCUAUGAAGACCUCAGGGUGGUAUGAGGGCAUCCUAAGGAAGCUGACUGGGGUUUCACAAGCACCUUUACUUCCCUUUCCUAGAAGAGGAAUCCUGGUUAGCCUUCUGAUAGUGCCUGGGGCUUGUAUCUCAAGUUGUCUACCUGGAGAAUAGACCCUUGAACCAUGGACCCCCCUCCUUCUCCAAGCCUGCUCCUCCACUCUUGGGUGUCCCCCCAGCUCACCUUGAUGGAACAUCUGAGCUUCCAGUCUAGGUCUGGCUUUGACCUCUGAGGUUGUGCCCCCUUCACCAGGGUACAUUAAGAAGCCUGAGCUGGCAGUGCUCAGAGGCCAAGUGCAGGCUUCUGAGCUCUGCUUGCUCUGGACAGUGCCAUAGCCAAUUCCUGAGAAAGAAGGAGAUGGAGGUUUGGGGGACUGACUCAGGGACAUCAUCUCUCCCAGGGUGGGGGUGAACUCUCCUGUACCCUCGGACUGGAAUAUAAACCAGCCAUUUGGUGUGCUUAUCUGGCUGGGAGGAAAUAAACCCUUUUGUAGACCUCCCA